AUGACACUUGAAUCUGUCCCUCUCCGUGACCUGCAUGCGUCACCUUUCUCCUCGUCAUUCCCUAUGGCUCUCGCAGCUGAAGACAAGCCUGUCUCUGCCUCCCGCCCCACAGUCUCUGGCUGUUCUCCCGUCGAGCUUCAUGGCGUCUCCUCACGCGCCCCGUCGCCCUCUCCUCUCCGUCCCUCGCUGUCCAAAGUCCUUGUCGAGUCCUUUGCGGCCCUGCAGAAGCAGGAAGGCUCUGCUAUCCCGCACCUCGAGGAAGUGGUCGACGAGAUUUUCCAACUGCAUGCGCCGCCCCUGAUUUCGUUGCAUGCGCUAGCUGCGCCCCCUCGGCUCUGCAGCAAGCUUCUGCAGCUGCUGCAGAAGCAUCACCCUCUUCAGUUUGCAGAGACAAGCCGGACAGGCAGCAGAGAGGAUGCGAAGGACGCUGAGGAGACAGGUGGUGAAAAAGAAGAGAACGGAGAAGCAAGUGGAACGCAGGCAAAGGACGGAGAGGAAGAUGUGUGUGUAUUCGUACCUUGGUGGAAGAGAGAGGGAAGACGCGUUGCCCUCCACUUCCUCAAAAGAUGCAGAAAGACAGAACGAGGAGGGCCGGUCCUCCUUCUGCUCGGUACACAUCCACAGAAGCUCCAUGACGAGGUCCUCGACUGUCUCCGAACCUGCGCUCCGCCGGUGCUUCCUGCUGCAUGCGACACAGCUGUGUCCCCGUGUAACUGUGCAGCUCCCGUCUUCCAGUCAUCUUGUUCACCUUCCCAGUGUCAGGCUCGUGGCGCUGAUGCGUCGUAUGCCUCUCCGCUUUCGUCUCCCCUCGAAGCCGUUUCUUCGCCGCCGGCGCUUGCGGCCUCGUACUUCGUCCACGUCGCUGUGCCGUCAGUUCCGCCAGUGACAACAGUGCAGCAGAGACUGUGGGGAGAGGUAUGGCCAUGCUACCUGAACAAGACGAAGCCUAGCGGCCCGAAAGAAGGCACUGGAGGCGACCAGCAUGAGGGCAAGGUGCGAGCCGGGCCUGGCGAAGGCGAGAGAGAAGUCAGCGCGAGCGCCAGCAUUCGUCAGGAACUUUUGACCCCCCUCGAGCUGUCAGAGGAGGAGAAAAAGACGCAUAUGUUCUUUCUCAACGCGGCCAUGGAAAUAAGCAGGCAUGAAGGCCGCAGUGCGUGCAUCAUUACAUACACGCCCGACACGCAUCUCCGGAAAAGCCAGCUUCCACCCUCGAGGAAGCGGCAACGUGGGCGUACUGAAAAUGAAACUGUCACAGACACAAACAAAGAGGCUUACUGCACACUUGGACACGCAACAGUGGAGAAAAACGGCGUAGAAAACACCGUAAAAGAUGCCGUUGUGACUGAAUGCACCUUAAAUACGUCUGAUCAGGAGUGGCAGGAGGCUUCUGCGUCCACUAUAGUUACUCCCAGUGCCGGUUCGAACUCAGACGCGAAAUGGGUCACAAAUGGCUGUGAGGCGAAUUUUGGUGCUGACGCGUGUGAUUUGGACAGAAAUACCAGCAAACUUGGAAGAGCUGUAGAAGAAGCAUUUGUAACCUGCAUGGGUAGUCGUCUUGCGAAUUCGCAUGAGGCUGUGAACGAUGAUUGCGAUUCGAACGCGGCCGGAUGGCACAAAUGCAAUAUGCCUAAAGUUGUCGCUGCAUGUGUCGACGGUACUGGACCGCGAAUGCCCCUGAUGCACGCAACUAUGAGAGCGAUAGGCUGUGUGGGAGAGAAGCUCCGGCGCAUUUUCGCAGAACCCGACAGAGACUCUGCUAGAGAAAGAGAACUCGAAGCAACAAACCAACCGGAAAACGGUUCAGGGGUAACGGGGAACGCAUCAGAUCUCGAAGACGUGAGCGAAGGGAAUUACUACUGUCAGGGGUGCGUGGUGUACUGCUCUCAUGAGCCCUGCGUUUUGUGUGCCAUGGCACUCAUUCACUCCCGGAUCAAAUUGCUAUUUUUUGUUCAUGACAACAAUGUUCAUGGGGGGAUCACCCGGGGGCGCCUGCAUCUGGAUCGCAGGCUCAACCACGGCUACCGGGUUCUCUGUUUGAGGACGAAUAAGGGAGCUACCAGCGACCAGAAAGGCAAAUGA